GACAAAGCUGGUAGAGGACAGCGGGAUGGCUGCGCCGGGCGCGCCGCGCUUCCUCCUGACCUUCGACUUUGACGAGACCAUCGUGGACGAAACCAGCGACGACUCCGUCGUGCGCGCCGCGGCGGGCCAGCGGCUGCCUGAGAGCCCGCGUGCCACCUGGCGCGAGGGCUUCUACAACGAGUACAUGCAGCGCGUCUUCCAGUACCGGGGCGAGCAGGGCGUGCGGCCGCGGGACCCGCGCGCCAUCUGUGAGGCCAUCCCCCUGUCGCCCGGCAUGGGCGAGCUGCUGCAGUUUGUGGCCAAGCAGGGCGCCUGCUUUGAGGUUAUUCUCAUCUCAGACGCCAACACCUUUGGCGUGGAGAGUGCGCUGCGCGCCGCCGGCCACCACGGCCUGUUCCGCCGCAUCUUCAGCAACCCGUCGGGGCCCGACCCUUGGGGGCUGCUGGCGCUGCGGCCCUUCCACGCGCCCAGCUGCGCUCGCUGCCCCGCCGACAUGUGCAAGCACAAGGUGCUCAGCGACUACCCGCGCGAGCGGGCCCACGACGGCGUGCACUUCGAGCGCCUUUUCUACGUGAGCGACGGCGCCAACGACAUCUGCCCCAUGGGGCUGCUGGCAGGCGGCGACGUGGCCUUCCCGCGCCGCCGCUACCCCGUGCCCCGCCUUAUGCAGGAGGCGCAGAAGGCCGAGGCCAGCUCCUUCCGCGCCGGGGUGGUGCCCUGGGAAACCGCCACCGAAGUGCGCCUCCACCUGCAACAGGUGCUGAGGAC